UAUUCAUAACAAUUUCUUCUCACUUAAACUUAAAAGUAACUCGUCAAAAAGGUUGGACCCGCCAAUUACCGGUAACCAAUACAACAAAACAACUCACUUUCUCUGCAGACCAACCCUAAUUUCCUUUCUCUUUCACCUCUCAAGAUUUCUUCUCCGUUCUCUUCAACUUUUCAAAUUUCCAUCACCUCUAUCACUUUCUCAAGGUUUGUUUCUAUUCCCCUCUUCCACCCACCAUUCUUCCUCUCAAUUUCACCCCCAAUUUCACGAACUAGGGUUUUUCAAUUUCGUUUUCGUGAUUAUUACUAUGCAAGAUCCAAGGAUUCCUUUGUCAGAGAAUACCUUGAGUAUUAAACCAAAGAAGAAGAAAAACAACUCAACCCAAAAGGCAUCUUUACUUGAGGUGCAAGGGAAUGUUGUCAUCGGGGAGGGAAAGGCUCCUCUGCCGUUGAAGUCGAGACCCAAGGGUUCGAAAAGACCUAUCAUGACUGAAGUCUCGCCGUCUUUUCAGAAACCAGAAGGUUCCAAUUCAGAUUCGUUGCCCGACUCCUCUGCGAGUGGAAGUGAAUACCGUCAAUUGAGGCGCAAGUAUUUGCAGCUGGAGGAUGAUGGGUUCGCUUUAGGUAAAGAGCUAAAAGAGGCUGAAGAUCAGGUAAAGACCCUUGAGGAGGAGAAGAUUGCGUUGCUGGAUCAGCUGGUUGUAAUGGAAGGCCUUGUUAGUCCGACAGAGAUUCACUCGUAGUGAUUGUGAUUAGCUAUCGCUUCAUCUUCUGAUUGUGACACCUUCAUGCUGUUAUAUAUGUAAUGCUUAUAUUGAAGUCAAUGUUUGGCUCCUUUUGUGCAGGGCUUUAGAAAUUCGAUGGAUUAAUAUCAUCGGUAGAGAUUUUAGAAGUGAAAUUCUAAAGCUCACUAAUAUCUAAUAUGCAGUUUGAAUACAUCAUAGUGUUUAUCUUAGUUAUAGUAUAUUGUUCAUAUUUCUUGUUCA